AUGGAAAGAGAGUGCGAUGCUAACAGCAGGAAGCAACACAACGGCUAUGGCUAUCCGCCGGCGAACUCGGCUGCGCCGUAUUCAUCCCAAGGCUACAGCCAGCCUUCCUACAAUCAACAAUCCUAUAAUCAACAGGGCUACGCACCGCAAGGAGGCUGGCAGCCGCCUCCGCAGAACGUUGCACCGUACGGAUAUAACAACCCUCCUCCUCCAUCCCAAGGCGGCUACGGUCAAUGGAACUCGCCGCCGCCACAACCGAACGGCUACGCAGGCCCGCGGCCGGGAAUGCCAGCCUACAACAACAGCCAUACCUAUGGCUCCCAGAACCCUCCCCCACCGCCUACCGCACCACAACAGUUUGGCCACGGCGCGCCAGCCGGUUACGCCUUCCAAUACUCCAACUGUACUGGAAAACGUAAGGCUUUGUUGAUCGGCAUCAACUACUUCGGUCAGCGAGGGCAACUCCGGGGCUGUAUCAACGAUGUAAAGAACAUGUCAACCUAUUUGAACCAGAACUUUGGAUAUGCACGAGAAGACAUGGUUAUCUUGACCGAUGAUCAGCAGAACCCCAUGUCACAACCCACAAAGGCCAACAUUCUUCGAGCCAUGCACUGGCUGGUCAAGGAUGCGCAGCCCAACGACUCCCUCUUCUUCCACUACAGUGGUCACGGUGGACAGACGCCCGAUCUGGACGGAGACGAAGAAGACGGCUACGACGAGGUCAUCUAUCCUGUCGAUUUCCGGUCGGCCGGCCACAUCGUAGAUGACGAGAUGCACCGAAUCAUGGUCAAGCCUCUGAAGCCGGGAGUCAGGCUGACAGCCAUCUUCGACUCUUGUCACUCCGGAUCCGCCCUCGACUUGCCGUACAUCUACUCCACCCAAGGAGUACUCAAGGAGCCCAACUUGGCAAAGGAGGCUGGCCAAGGUCUGCUGUCCAUUGUGUCGUCUUAUGCUCGAGGCGAUUUGAGCGGCAUGGCGUCAACGGCAAUGGGCCUGUUUAAGAAAGUCGGGGGUGGAAACUCCACAUACGAACGGAACAAGCAGACCAAGACGAGCCCCGCCGAUGUGAUAAUGUGGUCUGGUAGCAAAGACCAACAGACCAGCCAAGAUGCCAACAUCGGAGGAGAAGCAACCGGGGCCAUGAGCUGGGCCUUCGUGACCUCGCUGAAGAAGAACCCGCAUCAGAGCUACGUGCAACUUCUGAACAGCAUUCGGGACGAACUGGCCUCGAAAUAUACGCAGAAGCCGCAGCUGAGUUGCUCACACCCGCUUAACACUGAUUUGCUGUACGUGAUGUGA